CACGUGUGGAGUGAAAGUGAGGACUGCUUACCUUUCCUGCAGCUCGCACAGGAUUACAUCUCCUCCUGUGGGAAAAAGACACUCCAUGAAAUAUUGGAAAAAGUCUUCAAAUCCUUCAGACCUUUACUUGGGCUUCCAGAUGUUGAUGAUGAUGCAUUUGAAGAAUAUAAUGCAGACGUGGAAGAAGAGGAACCAGAAGCCGAUCACCAACAGAUGGGUGUCAGUCAGCAGUGA